CAGCGCGAAAGGGAUUGCUGCUUCGUUUUCUCCUCUCUCUCUCUCUCUCUCUCUCGAUUCACUGGGUCGCAUUUGUGAGACUGCGGCCGCCCAACAGCAAAAGAGGAAGCGAGCGCGCGGGCUAUGUCGGUUUCUUCCCGGGACAGUUUGUCUCGCUCGACCAGGCGCGCGAGGACGACGGGCACACCAUGCGGUUCACUUUUGCGCUGGUGCUAGCAGACAUCGAUUACCAAUCCCCUCUCUCUCUCGCUGGAGAGAGGGGCUUUCUCUUUCUCCUCUGGGCUUUUAGCUUCUUUAUUUCUUUUUGUUCGCUUGCAAGCCAAGAAAGGAGCUCUCGCUCCACUCUUUGUUUCUCUCCUUCUCUCUCCUUGGCUCUUUCUUGGCAAGAGCGAUCGAUGAAACCAUUCAUGGGCAGGAGUAGUAGCAGCCGGCGCCCAUGGAUUGUUGGAUUCCCGGCGUGGAGCAAGAAGAACCAGCCGCAGCAGCGCCAGCAGCAGCAAGAGCAGCCAUUCCUCCACCGCGCCAUGAAGCGAGCUCGCCUGGUGGAGCUCUGCUUCUCAUCCUCCAAUGCAGCUCACGCGCGCGGCGAUGGAGAGGAUGUGAAGGAGAAUGAGAUGGAAGAAGUACAGGAAGAGGAGGAGCGAGCCAUGAUGGUGGAGUCCACCGAUUCCUCCUCGGGCUCGUCAAGAACAGCGGCCACUAGCAGCUCCAGCUUUUGCUCCAGCAGUGGCAGCACCUGCGGCGCCAUCGCCACGGCGAUCGCGCCCAGCGCGUCGAUUAGAUCGUCCAGCGUCCAUGGCGAGGAAUGGGGCGGAGGUGGAGGAGGAGGAGCAGCGUUCCAUGGCGUGCAAGCGGUGGCAAGGAAGCGCGUCAUGGUGGUGGUGGACGAUUCCCGCGAGGCCAAGACGGCGCUCCUCUGGGCGCUCUCUCACGUUGUCCACAAGCUCGACGUUGUGACGCUCCUCCACGUCUUGUACUCCACUCCUUGUUCUUCGCAGCCCUUCGUCUACGAUUCGCAAGAUUCGCGAGCAAUUGUCUCGGAUAAGACGAGGCUGAGAUCCGAGGAGAAAGGCUGCGAGCUCAUCGCUUCGCUCAAGAAUCUUUGCGCGCUGCGUCAACCCGAGGUGGAUGUGGAAGUGGUGGUGGUCGCCGGCGAGAGGGGGCCGACAAUCGUCCGCCAAGCCAAGAAGCUGGACGCGUCGAUCCUCGUACUGGGUCAGAAGAAGCUCAACUUUUUCCAGAGGUGCUUGAGAUGGAACAGAGACGACCAAUCCAUAGACUACUGCAUCCAGCACGCCGAUUGCCUCACGCUGUCCGUCCGGCGGAAGAGCAAACACUGCGGAGGAUAUCUCAUCAACAGCAAGUGGCAAAAGAACUUUUGGCUGCUGGCUUAGAAAAAAUCGAUCUUUGACACAAGAUUUGUGACAAGUUCUGUAGAGAGUCUCCUCACUGUGACACCAGUGAUCCUUGUGAAUCCUGCACACAGGAAAAACUUUGUAAAUACCACUAGUGAGCGAUCUAAAUUCCAAAACUCUGAAACUUGGAUUGGAGGUGUGCGAGUGUUUGUGUG